AUGCCGUCCGUUUGUGCAGCAAUCGUCGCAUUUUCUUUGACUAUUGGGUUAACCGGCAGCACGGUUGAACGCUUCGAUGGAGAAGAGGGAGGAAGUUCGUCCCAGUCCGUGUACAGUGAAUACGACGACGAAGAUCCGCCCACCUUCGCUUUAGGUUCGCAGGCCUUCACCGUCGCGGUCGGUGAUACCUUCACAAUCCCAUGUGACAUCAUUAACCAGGGCCGCCACCUGCUCGUGAUCCACCACAUCAACACCAAAGGCAAGAAGCUCCUGCUGAGCGCGGGUGAAAUGAAGCUCGUACGUACAGAGCGCGUACAAAUUGACCCUACGGGCGUGACCAUUUACGACGCCCAGCGCCAGGACGCCGGCUUCUAUAACUGCUCCUUGCCCACUGCAGGAAAAUUUAUACUACAACACAAGCUGGACGUGCUGUACCCUCCCUCGGUGAACUCGUCGAGCCCCCCGGUGCAGCAAGCGGUCCUUGGACAGCGACUGGAACUUUUCUGCAACGCGGAUGGAAACCCGCGACCCGAAAUUGAUUGGACCUUCGAAGGGGGCGCUCUUCCCGCAGGGGCAGCCGUGAACCAAGCAGGACAUCUGGUUAUAGAGCGAGUGGAUCGUCGUGUGGAAGGCAAGUACGUUUGCACGGCCGACAACGGCAUAGGCAACGACUCAUACGUCACCCUGGAGGUGGUCGUCGAAUUCCCUCCAGAGAUCAUCACAGAGAAGUCGGUGGUGCGCACUGGUGCCGGGGACCAGCUGGAGUUGGUGUGUCUGGCGCGCGGCCGCCCGAGCCCCCGAGUUUCUUGGACAAGGAAAGGCCAGUCAGUGGACCACGCGACACACUCGACCGUCGCAGACGAUGUCUACCGCAGCACGCUUGUCAUCCGCCCCAUGACGGAGCAAGACUUUGGCAACUACGUCUGCACUGCACAGAACAUCCACGGGCAGAAGAGCGUGGUUGUACAAAUGACAGGCCUUCCACAGCAGCCUAAUUUGACGGGCGUUGCCGGAGGUGGGAAAGAAAAUUCUUACACUCUCACCUGGGAAACGGAGAGCUACUGUCCUAUCGUCGCCUAUAAAAUCGUCUUCGGACGAGUGCAGCAGAAAUCGGCAGAGGUGAACGGCUCUACAGAGAAGAAUGUACACGAAAUAACUGUUGAAAUGGACGUGGGGACUGAGAAUGGGAACACACACCCCGCCAUGUCGCACAUUCUCAACGACCUCGACGCUUCCACUGAAUACGAGGCCAUCGUCAAAGUCAAGAACCGCUACGGCUGGUCAGCUGAAUCGGACAAGUUCUGCUUUGCAACUUCAAGUGCCUCGCCCGUCCACCGCUCAACAAGUCGCUCGGUCGGGGGCGCAGGCGAGCGCUCCUCGGCCGCCGUCUCGCUGCUGCUGCCGCUCCUCGCUGCCGCCUCAGCCUGUCAACGAUGUCGCGGCUUCUGCGGCCGCAUUACGUCGCCGUGA